GGACGCGCGGUGCCCAGGCUGAGCGCAGCGCCCCUGGAGGGGUUGGGGGCUGCGGUGCAAAGGAAGAACCCAGGAGGAGCCCCGGUUGUGCUUGCUUUUGGCUGGCUGCUGUAUUUCUUUGGUAGACUAUUAACCUCUCCAGAUGGUGAAUUAAAACCUGUUGUACAGCAACUUUGCUGCCAAGAAGAGGAGGCAUCUUUCUCCAGCAAUGAAUUCCUCCUUUCACCUGCAUUUCUUGGAUCUCAACCUGAAUGCGACAGAGGGCAACCUUUCAGGACCAGAUGUCAAAAACAGGUCUUCACCAUGCGAAGACAUGGGCAUCGCUGUGGAGGUGUUUCUGACUCUGGGUCUCAUCAGCCUCUUGGAGAACAUCUUGGUCAUAGGCGCCAUAGUGAAGAACAAGAACUUGCACUCCCCCAUGUAUUUCUUCGUGUGCAGCUUAGCAGUAGCUGACAUGCUGGUGAGCAUGUCCAAUGCCUGGGAGACCAUCACCAUAUACUUAAUAAAUAACAAACACCUGGUGAUGGCAGACACCUUCGUGCGUCACAUUGACAACGUGUUUGACUCCAUGAUCUGCAUUUCUGUGGUGGCCUCCAUGUGCAGUUUGCUGGCCAUUGCAGUGGAUAGGUAUGUCACCAUCUGCUAUGCGCUGCGCUACCACCACAUCAUGACGACGAGGCGCUCUGGCCUAAUUAUUGCUUGCAUCUGGACCUUUUGCACAGGCUGUGGCAUCGUGUUCAUCAUUUACUAUGAAUCUACUUAUGUCAUCAUUUGCCUCAUCUCCAUGUUCUUCACCAUGUUGUUCCUCAUGGUGUCUCUGUACAUACACAUGUUCCUCCUGGCACGGACCCAUGUCAAGCGGAUAGCAGCUCUGCCCGGAUACAGCUCUGUGCGGCAAAGGACCAGCAUGAGGGGUGCCAUCACCCUCACCAUGCUGCUGGGUGCUUUCAUCGUAUGCUGGGCUCCCUUCUUCCUCCAUCUCAUUUUAAUGAUCUCUUGUCCUCAGAACCUCUAUUGUUCUUGCUUUAUGUCUCACUUCAAUAUGUACCUCAUACUUAUCAUGUGUAAUUCAGUCAUUGACCCUCUGAUAUAUGCCUUCCGUAGCCAAGAGAUGCGGAAGACCUUUAAAGAGAUUAUUUGUUGCCAUGGGUUUCAGAAUAGCCUGUAGGUUUCCUGGCAGGUGUUCAACACAGAGUUCUCUUCUCUGAGG